AUGGACACCGUGGAGAAGCAGCACCUGUUGGAGUGCAGGCGCGGAAUCCAGUCAUACAUAGGAUCUCUGUGGCGGGAGGGGAGUGGAUGGAUCUCUCUCCCAGAGCCUGGCCUGAACUUUCAGACUGUUGACCUCGUGGCUGGGAGCAACCAUUACUGCCAUGCUCAGAAGGGUCCUGACAGUCACUGUGACCCCAAGAAGGAGAAGGCCCGGUGCCAGCUCUACGUGGCCUCUGCCAUCUGCUUGGUGUUCAUGAUUGGAGAAGUCAUUGGGGGAUACCUGGCGCAUAGCCUGGCCAUCAUGACAGAUGCAGCUCACCUGCUCACUGACUUUGCCAGCAUGCUCAUCAGCCUCUUUUCUCUAUGGAUGUCCUCCCGACCAGCCACCAAGACCAUGAACUUCGGCUGGCAGCGAGCUGAAAUCCUGGGAGCCCUGGUCUCUGUGCUGUCCAUCUGGGUCGUGACUGGGGUGCUGGUGUACCUGGCUGUGGAGCGACUCAUCUCUGGGAACUACGAGAUCGAAGGGGGGACCAUGCUGAUCACGUCGGGCUGUGCUGUGGCUGUGAACAUCAUAAUGGGGUUGACCCUUCACCAGUCUGGCCACGGGCACAGUCACAGCCAUGGACACAGCCAUGAAGACACCAGCCAGCAGCAAGAGAACCCCAGUGUCCGAGCUGCCUUCAUCCAUGUGAUUGGGGACUUUUUGCAGAGCUUGGGCGUCCUGGUUGCAGCUUUUAUUCUAUAUUUCAAGCCAGAAUACAAAUAUGUGGACCCCAUCUGUACCUUCCUCUUCUCCCUCCUGGUCCUGGGAACGACCUUGACCAUCCUGAGAGAUGUGAUCCUGGUGCUGAUGGAAGGGACUCCCAAGGGUGUGGACUUCACGGCUGUACGUGACCUGCUGCUAUCGGUGGAGGGGGUAGAAGCCCUGCACAGCCUGCAUAUCUGGGCACUGACCGUGACCCAGCCCGUGCUGUCUGUUCACAUUGCCAUUGCUCAGAACGCAGACGCCCAGGCGGUUCUGAAGGCAGCCAGCACCUGUCUCCAGGGGAAAUUCAACUUCCACACCAUGACCAUUCAGAUCGAGGACUACUCUGAGGACAUGAAGGACUGUCAGGCGUGCCAAGGCCCCUCGGAUUGACUGCCUAGCCAGGCACCAGCUGAAGUGUGGCCAGGACUUGCAGGUGGCUGGACCGAAUGUCCCACAGCCUCCACCAGGACUCUGCCUACCCACUGUGUUAGGAACCAGGUUUAUAAUGCCUCUUUCUGCUCCGGGUUCAGCAUGGAGCCCUGCCUACCGCAGCGGUGGGCCUCUUCCUGGCCUCCCCUGUUUACAACAGCCAGCACCUGGGUGGGGACUCAGCAGAUGUAAAGCCAGUUUAACCAGGCUCCGGAUCCCCAGGGUCAGCUCCGGAGGGCUGUGUUCUUCAGAGCUGACACCCAUAGUGGGGAGGCAUUGAGGUACAGCCUGGAACAGCAAAGGGGAGACUGGCCUCAAGGUGUCCUCACUGACCUGCAUCUCCCACCUGCA